UCCUCCUACUGGUCCCAUAAAAAGACUGGGACUGGGUCCUGGACACCAGCACAAGUCCUUAGACUGCACAGCAGGACAGAAGGCAUGAUGGCACUCAGCACUCGGACCCAGGCUGCCUGUCUCCUGCUUCUCCUCCUUGCCAGCCUGAGCAGCAGCACCUAUCUCCAACAACAGAUGAGACAGACGACAGCACUGCAGCCUUUGCACAAGGCAGAAAGCAGGACCGACAGUGCGCUCCUGAUGCAGAAGCGAAGGAAGCGAGACACCAACUUCCCCAUCUGCGUCUUCUGCUGUAAUUGCUGUAAAAAUCGUUCCUGUGGCAUCUGUUGCUUCACGUAGACAGCCAGCCUAGAGCGACGUCCUGACCUCUCAACACCCCUGCCUCUUCUUGCCCCGCUUAUUUAUUUUUGCCCUCCUCCAGCAAUGACCUUGAAAUAAAGAUGAUGGUUUCCUUUUCAAA